CUGUCCGGGCGCCGUUAACCGUUGUCCCUGCUCCUGCCUCACCCACCACCCUUGGGUCCUCACUAAAUCUCCCCCCUCACCCUCACCCUGCGCCCUCCAGCUCGAUCCCCACCCCCAGGAAACAGACUGUUCAUUCACCCCGUCUACACCCUCACGGUUUUACGCACCUCUAUAACAUCAGCCCCCAGUCUCCGACCCACCAAAGGAUGGUCCCAACCUGCUCAACCUCUCCGUAAAGCCCCUCCAGACCUGCUAACAUCCUGGUAAAGCUCCUCCCCGCUCUUUCCAGCUUAAUGGCAUCUUUCCUGCAGCAGGGUGACCAGAACUGAACACAGCAUCCAAACACGGCCUCACUAAUACCUUGUACAACCACAACGUAACAUCCCAGCUCCUGUACUCAGUGCCCUGACUGAUGAAGCCCAGUGUACCAGAUGCCCUCUUCACCGCCCUGUCUACCUAUGACUCCACUUUCAGGGAAUCGUAUCAGAAUCAGGUUUAUUAUCACUGGCAGAUGUCGUGAAAUGUUUUGCGGCAGCAGCACAGUGCAAGACAUGAAAAUUAUUAUAAGUUACAAAAAUAAAUAGUGCAGGAGAGGAAUAACGAGGUAGUGUUCAUGGACUGGAUAUACCUGAACUCCAGGCUCCCUCUGUUCUACAACACUCCCCAGGGCCCUGCCGUUCACUGUGAAAGUCCUGCCCUCAUUUGUCUUCCUAAAAUACAACACCUCACACUUAUCUGAAUUAAACAACUCCAAUUGCCAUUUCUCAGCCCACUUACCCAGCUGACCAAAACCCCUCUGUAAUUCCUAAAAACCAAAUUCACUGUCGACAAUACCAGUCAUUCUUUUGUCAUCUGCAGUUUACUAACCAAGCCUUGUACAUCCAAACCGUUUAUAUAAAUAAUGAACGAUAAGGGUCCCAGCAUCGACCACCAGUCACAGGCCUCCAGCUCUCACUCUGUUACCCUGCACGGUACAGCAGGUCAUUGGUUAUUCAGGUGCAUUCCAAACACACUGAGGGUCUCUGCUUCAGUCACCCUUCAGCAGUAAGUGUGGGUCUCUUACAGGCAAGGGCAGAAAGCUAUAAGAGGCAGUUAGUGGGGAAAAGUAAAUACAUCAUGUUCGUCAUCAUGGUUGGGAAACCUUUUGGAAAGCCGAAAACCAAAGAUUCUCGGAGUGAGAAGCGAGGAUUUGUAAAGUGCAAUAGUCAAUGGGAUUAGAACUCAAUCAAUCUACUGGACGUGACAGAAGAAAUGGUGGCGCUGUGGAUGGUGAAGAACGUUGUCAGACCAUACAGCGGGAUACAGGUAAGUUCCACGUUUCGAUUAUCUGCCUGCGACUGGUAUUGUCAGUGGGUGCUGGCGAUGGUUAUUUUGGGCAACGCAAGUGUCGCACCAGAGGAUGUGUCAGAGCAGAACAUUAAAGGAGAAGUUGGAUCUGCAAUCGUGCUGACUCCUGAAGAAUCACUUCAGUGUAUCUGACAGCACGCCAUGUCCUGAGCAGUGUCCGGCUGCUGAACCUGGGGCUGGAGACCACCAUGUAUCUGUGGAUCACCCUCUUCGUGCUGCCGAUCACCUGCUGGGCAGACUUCGACCUUGCGCUUGAACCCAGGGAGCAGCUGCAGCUGAGGGGGGAACCGUUUGUGGCAACAUGUACUGCCCUCAGUGACACCCUGUCUGUCAAUGUGAAUUGGGUCUCUCCGCAGGGAGAGUUUCUCAACUCGAAACAUUUCCGGGAUUUCGGUGAUCGUUUCAAUUUAACUGCACAGCUGCGCAUUCCGAGCGUGAGCCGGAAUGACUCAGGGAAUUACACCUGCCUGCUGCGAGGGAAGGAGUCUGGAGAAGCCAUGGAACUGCGGGCUGUGUCCUCGCUGCACGUGGUCGAGGAACCUUACAUACAAAUCUUCACGGAGCAGAAGACCAAGCUGCAGGUAGAAUUCGGGGCCAACAUCCAACUGAAGGUGAAGGUCAAGGCCUACCCCAGGCUGCUGGAACAUCGAUGGAUCUACCACGGCCAGGGCAAUAACACCAUUCACAGUUCAACGUUCACCACAGACAACCACAGGUAUGAGAGUACUUUAUCACUGGUGCGUGUGAAGGACACCGAGAGCGGCUUCUACAAGUUCCUGGCGUCCAGUGGAGAAGUGAACUCAUCUCUGACCUUCCAAGUAUUAAUCAGUCGUCACCCUGAUGAUAACCUCCUCUUCGACUGGGUGCUGUGGAUCACGGGAUCCCUGGUUGUGUUACUGACCUUCUUCAUCGCGCUCCUCAUCUACAAGUACAAACAGAAACCCAAGUACGAAGUCCGUUGGAAGAUCAUCGAGGCCGUCAAUGGCAACGACUACACCUUCAUCGACCCCACCCUGCUGCCCUACAACGAGAAGUGGGAGUUCCCCAGGGAGAAGCUCCGCCUAGGGAAGGUACUUGGAGCCGGAGCCUUUGGGAAGGUGGUCGAGGCCACAGCCUACGGACUGGGCGAGGGACACGAGGCGACCAAGGUGGCCGUCAAGAUGCUGAAACCCAGCGCCCACUCCAUCGAGAGGGAGGCCCUGAUGUCCGAGCUGAAGAUCCUGAGCCACCUGGGGCAGCACUCCAACGUGGUCAACCUCCUGGGGGCGUGCACACUCGGAGGCCCGGUCCUUGUUAUCACGGAAUACUGUUGCUAUGGCGAUUUACUGAACUUCCUGAAGCAGAGGGCCCAGAGCCUAACGUACUGUGACUGCGCGGACCAUUACAAGAACAUGUCUCAGCUGAAGGGAGCCAUCAGCUCAGACAACUACCUUCCCAUGAAGUCGAGCGUACCUGGUACAAUCCCGAUCAUUUCUCAGUCCGGACACCAGGACUCCGAGGACGACAAGGAGCCGCUCAACGUGGAGGACCUACUGAGAUUCUCUCACCAGGUGGCCACCGGCAUGGACUUCCUGUCCUCCCGAAACUGCAUCCACCGGGACCUCGCCGCCAGGAACAUUCUGCUGGCACAGGGCCGCGUGGCGAAGAUCUGUGACUUUGGCUUGGCCAGAGACAUCAUGAAUGACUCCAAUUACGUGGUGAAGGGCAACGCCCGUCUCCCCGUGAAGUGGAUGGCUCCGGAGAGUAUCUUCGACUGUGUCUACACCGUGCAGAGUGACGUCUGGUCCUAUGGGAUCCUCUUGUGGGAGAUCUUCUCACUGGGUUCCAGCCCGUACCCGGGAGUCCCCGUGGACAGCAGGUUCUACAAGCUGAUCAGAGCAGGCUUCCAGAUGGACAGACCGGCUGCUGCCCCUCCAGACCUCUACGAUGUCAUGACCCAGUGCUGGAGACUGGAGGCCACUGAGAGGCCCACCUUCAACCAGAUUGUGAAGCUGAUCGGGAAACAGAAAGGCGAUUUCUAUGAACGGGACUACACCAACCUGUCGAGGGAUGAGGAGGUCCCGGAGUCUCCUCGCUGUCAGUCACCCGUUCACGGUGGGUGUGAGGUGGGAAUGGACACCCUCCCACUCAUCAACCCCUACAGCAAGAUGUGAGGCCGGAGCAGUGGGCACUUUCCCCUUGGCGUCCGAGAGUAGCUGAAUGAGCGCACACCCCCAGCGUGCAGGGACACUGCUUUGCACUUCCUAAUCAAUGCUUCAUGCCUUGACCACUGACUGAGUAACACGGGGUCAUCUUCAUCCGCUGGGCUGGUGGUCACUCGGAGCAUUAGACCAGGGGAGGGGGUGAGGGAGGGUGAGGGGGUGAGGGGGAGGGAGGGGAAGCUGUUUCUUAUUGCAAUAACCAUGGAUGCAGGGAGGAGAUGUAGAAGCAGCAGCCUCGAGUACAAUGCCCUUGUUUUAACCCUGCCACUAAUACUGCAGGCUUGGGUUUAACUAUCAGUGGAACCGGGAACCGGGGUGGGGUCCAUGCAUUGGGCUUGGGUUCCUGAAUCAUGCUUUUUAAGCACAGUUAUUGGAAUUCUAACAUUCUAACAACCUGGGAAGAGGGGUAACUAUGACCUGACUGCACCUGAGGGGCCUCCCAGCCCACAUUUAACCCUUUAGCCCUGACGUGCCUGUGCUGUGGGAGGGAGUGGCAGAGAGUCCGUCCUGAACCACACGUGAGGAAUGGCUGCACUCCGUGACAUUCUGUGAAAAUUCCCCGGGUGUUUAUAAUAUGGAAAACGGCCAUUCCCACAGUGACUGUGAUGCAAAUAAUAAAUUUUAAAGGCUUCUAUUAACCCCGACACGUGCCCAAGGGAACUAACAGCAGUUCACCUGAAACCACCUGUGCUGUAGAUACCUCGGCGGUGCCUGGUCAGUCAUUAACCUGGUUUUUAUAACAAGUUUAACCUCACUGAUCACCGGUGAAUUGGCAGUGCCUCGAAGCGCAGAACUAAUUUUGCUGUGUAACUAAAGCGCUUGAUUGUUAAAUUUACUGAAGCACUAAACAUUGUAACUGAUAAAUUUAAACUUUGCUGGAGUUUACUUGGAAUAAACAUCGACUAACUUC